UCUCCCACUCGCCCACACCACACCCCACAGAUCAAACGCCAUGCAUGGCGCUUCCUCCAGCGCCGCCGCUGCACCACGAAGGCCGCGCCAUGACACAACACUCACGCUCGGCCUCCCGUACUCGCUGGUCUCACCGCGGCAGCAUGCCCGGAAGCCGAGGCUGGUCGUUCGCUCUUCUCCCGCCGGCGACGCGACUCCGUGCACCGACUGCGGCAAGCGCUUCCCGUCCUGGAAGGCGCUCUACGGCCACAUGCGCUGCCACCCGGACCGCCAAUGGCGCGGCAUCACGCCCCCGGCAGGAGGUGCAGGCCGGUUCACCGUGCAGGAGCGCGAGGUCGCCGCCAGCCUGCUCACGCUGUCCGCAGCGAGUCCAGGCACCGGAAAGGGCAAGAAGAGCAUUGCCGCCGCCUCUCCUAGCGCGAUGGAGAGCUGCGGCACGUCGGCGUCGGCUGCACCGGAUCGGCAGGCAAACUCCGACCACGGCCACAGGUGUAGCGUGUGCAACCGCGGGUUCACCAGCGGACAGGCGCUCGGCGGACACAGGCGGUGCCACUUGGAGAGGGAUGUCGUGGUGAUUGCCACUGCUGGCAGCAGCGGGUUCGCAAUGUCCGAGACUGUGGUGACGACCGUCCUGGACCUCAACUUGCCACCGCCGGCUACACCUCUGGUGCUGGAUUUGAAGCUUGGAUAUGUCUAGGCUUUGGUUUGGCGUAAAAGUUUCAGUUGCUAAGUCUGUAUAUGUACAUAGGUAGUGUGCAUAUGCGCAUUCUCGUUUGCACGUUGAUAUUCAGACAGAAGGUUUUCUCAUC